UGCCACAGAGGGAUCUUGUGGCGAUGAAUGCGCUGCUCGCGCUCUACUCCCAGCUCGGCCGCCUGGGCGAGGCGCAGCGAUUCUUCCACGCGAUGCCGGAGCGCGACAUCUCUUCUUGGAAUUCGAUCUUGCUCGUCUACUCCCAGGCCGGCGCCAUCGAUCAGGCGGAGGCGCUGUAUCGAUCGAUGCCCGCUCGAAAUAUCGCGACGUCCUUGUUGAUGAUCGCGGCCUAUGCGCAAGUCGGGAGGCUGGAUCGAGCGGAGGAGACCUUCGAUCGAAUGCCGAUGCGCGACGCCCAGGCUUGGAACUCCAUGCUGGCGGCGUUUGUCCACAGCGGCGAUCUGGACAGGGCCAAGGCGAUUUUCGAGGCAAUGCCAGAGAAAUCCACCUCCGCCUACACGACGAUGAUCUCGGCCCUUGCCGCAAGCAAGCAGCUAGAACAGGCCACGGCGAUCUUCGACGAAAUCCCCGCCCGGGACACCAUCGCCUGGAAUUCGAUUCUCUCGGCCUACGCCUGGAACGGCCACAUCGAUCACGCCAAGCGCUGCUUCGACCGGAUCCCAGCACAGGACACCGCCUCCUGGAACGCGAUGAUCACGGCCUGCGGCCAUUCCUCGCGCGGCGACGAGGCCAUCGCGAAUUUCCAUCACAUGGAGCUCCACGGCGUGAUCCCGGACGAGACGACGAUGAUGAACGUCCUGGCGGCUUGCAAUCACGUCGGCCUGGUGGAGAAGGCGCUCUCCCUGUUCGUCCUCAUGAGGGACGAGCAUGGAAUCCGUCCAGGGCGCGAGCAAUUCGCGUCGAUGAUCGACAUCCUCGCGCGAUCCGGCCAAGAAGAGCCAGCUCGCGAGAUUUCCAAGCGCACGCCACCAUUCGCGCCCGAGGUCACAGAGAGGAGCGCCCUCUUGAAAGCUCUGGCGACGCCAUAGCCAGGAAGAACAGUUAUUUUAUUGGUGGAGGCAGGACAACGCAACACCGCAUUGGUUCUUCGCGGAGGUGGAGGAGGCACAGCGCAAAACCCCCAGAGCUCUUCCAGAUGGGAAUCCAGCGAACAGGUGUCAAGGUCAGUAACCAGCUGAGGGAUUCAUCGCUCUUCCGGCCAUCUCAGUCGGAAGUGGACCUCUACCAGCACGACAUGGAAGAUUUCUUGCUCGAUUCUGCCGCGGAGCCAGCUGCGCCGCAUCAGAACAAGCUCCUCUUAUGCGAUCUUCUAGACAUCUCUGGUGUUUUGAGUGAGGCUGCUAGCGCGAUCGUCGAUGAUUCUUUCACCAGGUGCUUCAAGUCCAACAUUCCAGAGCCGUGGAAUUGGAAUAUAUACCUAUUGCCCUUGUGGUGCCUUGGCGUGAUCGUGAGAUACUGCAUUCUCUUUCCAGUCAGGGUGUUGCUACUUACGGUGGGCUGGAUCAUCUUCCUGGGUGCUUUUAUCCCGGUUCACUUCAUCCUGAGGAAGCACGACCAUAUGAGAAGGAAGAUCGAGCGAGGGCUGGUAGAAUUCAUUUGCAGUGUCUUUGUGGCUUCCUGGACAGGGGUUGUCAAGUAUCAUGGACCACGGCCAAGCAGGCGUCCUAGACAGGUCUUUGUGGCAAACCACACUUCGAUGAUCGACUUUAUCAUCCUUGAGCAGAUGACCGCCUUCGCUGUGAUUAUGCAAAAGCAUCCGGGAUGGGUUGGUUUACUACAAAACACUGUUCUUGAAAGUCUUGGCUGCAUCUGGUUUAAUCGAACCGAGUCUAAGGACCGCCAUGUUGUCGGGGAAAAGCUUCGAAAGCACGUCAUUGAUCCGGAAAGCAAUCUUCUACUUAUUUUCCCAGAGGGGACUUGCGUAAACAACGAGUAUAUUGUGAUGUUUAAGAAGGGAGCGUUUGAACUGGAUUGCACAGUGUGCCCGGUUGCUAUCAAGUAUAACAAGAUCUUUGUCGACGCUUUCUGGAACAGUCGCAAACAAUCGUUUACAAUGCACUUGCUGAGGCUGAUGACGUCCUGGGCGGUCGUCUGCGAUGUCUGGUAUUUAGAACCACAAACAAUCCGGCCCAACGAGACACCAAUAGAGUUCGCGGAGAGAGUUCGCGAUAUGAUAGCGAAACGAGCUGGAAUUAAGAAAGUCGCUUGGGAUGGAUAUCUGAAAUACUACCGUCCAAGCUCGAAACUCACGGAGAAAAUGCAACAGAAGUUCGCUGAGAGCAUGCUAAGAAGAUUAAGAACGAAGACAAGUGACGAGGAUCUCAGCACUUCUAUGGAAUGAUAGAGAAAUGUUUUCAAAUGGAGGGGAUGCUAUUGAUAAAACUCCACUAGUUUACAUGUUCAAGCUUUUAAGAGACUCGAUGUGCGAGCGGUGCCAGAGGAUCAAGGAUCGCAUCCCAGCAACGAGGCCCGGAAGAACAUGGUCGAGAAGCUAGGCCGCCGCCCUUCCUGACGCAGCCUCAUCAGGUAAAACGUCGGGCAAGUGCCUCGCAUCACAAUCCCAGGCAAAAGGAGCUCCUCGGGAGGAGAUUCACAGAGAAAGUUCUCAUACUUGUCCAGGAGCUCUUGCAGCAAUCCCCGAGGCGAUCAUCUCCGCCUCUGGAUCGCGAUCCCUGUCCUUGAAGCUCCAAUGCGCAACGAGGCGAAUGAAACCAUCCAUCUCCAUCUCGACUGCGACACCGAGGAACAGUGCUGCCAGACGCCGUGUGACGAUGCGCAUGCCAAGAACAUCGAGGCAGAAGAGCUCCAGGAGUGGGUAGUCUUGGACAAGUUCUCGACGUCGGACACUUCCUCUAGCCUAUGAGUUUUGGUGACGCAGGCGAUGGACUUGACGAGGAUCUCCACGGCCCUGGAGCUGCAUGCUAUCCUGCUCGGCCGGCUACAUCAGGUCCAGACCUAAAAAUUCGAGCAUGAGUAGUGAGGGUGAGAGAGAAGCAGUAUACUACAUCAUGGGCAGAAAGAAUGAGGUGAAGUCUUUCCAGGAUUUUCUUGGAGAGAUGUGUUUAAGAAGUUGAAUUUAACUGUGUAUGUGACUUCUACCA